AUGCAGGAUUCUACAGAGCUGCCUCCAGAGCUCAUGGCCAGAAUUUUCAGCGCUUGUCUACCUCCCACUCAAGAUGCCUUUCCACACGCCGACACGGCUCCAAUGCUGCUUUGUCGUGUCUGCCGUCGGUGGCGCAGUAUCGCCCUUUCUACGCCAGAACUAUGGGCGACCUUUGUCGCGAAAGAUGGGAAGGCUUCGGUGGAGACUCUCAAGCUCUGGUCGGACCGCUCUGGAUCUCUUCCGCUUACCUAUGUUCUGGACAGCAACGUCAUCGAUACAGGGAAGAUUCUGCUCGAAACGGCAACUGCAUACAAGCAACGCUGGGGAACGCUAAUCCUUCAUCUUUGCGACCAAUCCUUUGCUCCGCUGAACUCCAUAUCCAGCUGCCGCCUCCCACUAUUGCGAAGCCUUGAACUUAAAGCUCGCUGGCGAAGGGAAGGUCAUGGAAUGACAGCACCGGACCCUAGAAGACUACCGACUUUCGAUCUGGGCGGCGCCCCCAAUCUGACAGAGCUCCGGCUUACCUCUUAUCCACGCAACCACCUGACCGGGAUUCCCUGGCACCGGUUGACCGUCUUAAAGCUCGAGGGCAGAGUAGUCCGCCGUGAUAUGGAACGUUUGGCUUUGUGUCGCGCCCUGGUGGACCUAACUCUUUCUUACCCGGGCUCUGGUCCAAUAAUUCAACCAGCACUCAACAUGGUCCCAGAACUUGUCCACCUCCCACAGCUGCAAUCGCUCACCACCGACGCCAGCGAAAUAUUGACGUGUCUUCGACUGCCACGCCUGCGACACCUGGACCUAGAAGUGUUUGGAAACGAAGAUCCGCUGAAUUUGUUAUCUGCUCUACGCGAUUGGGCGUGUACUCUGCGCUCACUUACAGUUACUCGCCCAAGCCCAGGGGUUCCGUUAUCCAAUAUACUGCCUGGCAUCCCGACGUUGCAGCUACUCUCGCUUGAUUUCCGGUAUUCCGACUCUCUUAAUUCCCCGCACAUCGGAGAUCUUCGCCCGCUGAUCUCCAUCUUCAAGGACCCACACAUCCUAAUGCACCUUCGACGCAUCACCGUCACCUGUUGCUCCACUAAGUGGGAAACCCCGGACGUCUUGCGCCGCUCUUACUCCCUUCCGGUGCGACAAAGAAUCGGUGGACUGGAGUGCAGAUCCCAUUGGGUCACUCGCACCUAUCAUUCGUCGCCAUUCGAGCAUAGAAAUCAGCGUCUGUGGUCGGGACGGUCAGGUGUUGUUUCCACCUGA